AUGUUCUUCUCGAAGUCUACUUUCGUUCUCUCAUUCUUGGCACUGGGCAACAUUGUCGCUGCUGCGCAGACACCUGCCUGCCUUCUCUCGGUUGUAGGAGCUGAGAAGAAUCCCGCCGACCUCAAGGCUGUGUGCGUUACCAAUGGCGAUGAUGUGCAGAAAAAGAUCGCGGACAUUUGUGGUGAUAGCGAGCAAGCAGCCCUGACGUGGUUCGCUGACACCUGCGACGCUGCAGGCUACAAAGUUGAUAUCAAAUCCUCUACGAGUACCUCUAAAUCUGCUACCGGAACUUCCACUAAGGGCUCGGCAUCUAACACCGGUUUCGUCACUGCUACUGCGACUGGAUCUUCUAGCUCUGGAGAGAGCAAGUCCGGAACUUCUAGCUCCAGCGCCGCGUCGACUUCCCAGACCGUCUCCGCUGGCUCUUCUGAUCGACAGGUCUCCGCAGCUGCCUUUGCGGCUGUCGUCUUCUUCGGCUUUGCUGCGACCCUGUAG